AGAAGAAGAAGAAGCUGCUGCACUAGAGGAAGGAAGCAGCAGUGUUGUAGCAUUGUGUAUUGUAACUUAUGUACCACUGUUUUUAUCUGGCAUACUUGGAUAGUAAAUUGUAUUACCCACAAUAAUUCUAUAUUGACGAGCUAGGUGAUAUGUAUCGUAACUCGGUUCACGUUAGUACUCUUAAGAACGCAAGUUAACAGAAGUUUGCUAGCUAACGUUAACUGCAAAAGGUCAUGCUAUACUCCAUUCAGAACACUACAGAAAGUUCUUUGGCUAUUUGCUUUUGCUGAAUUUCUGGUGGACGUACACAAUGGAUGAAGAAUCAGAGCGAGCCAAGCGCUGGGAGGGGGGCUAUGAAAGGACAUGGGAGGUGCUGAAGGAGGAUGAAUCUGGCUCACUCAAAGCCACAGUAGAAGAGCUUCUGUUCCAGUCCAAAAGGAAAAGGGUGAUAGUGAGCCAUGGGCAAGUGAGGCUUGGAAUGAUGCGUCACCUCUUUGUGGUCAUUGACUGUUCAAGAAGUAUGGAAGACCAGGACUUGAAACCAAACCGUCUCACCUCUACUCUAAAGCUGAUGGAAGCUUUUAUCGAUGAGUAUUUCGACCAAAACCCCAUCAGUCAGGUGGGCAUUAUCACCACAAAGAAUAAAAGGGCUGAGAAGCUGACUGACCUGACAGGAAAUCCAAAGAAACACAUUGCUGCUCUGAAGAAAGCAGUGGAUACAGUGUGUUUAGGAGAACCAUCCCUGUACAACUCUCUCAGCCUGGCCAUACAGACCCUCAAGCACAUGCCUGGACAUACGAGCCGGGAGAUCCUGAUAAUCCUCAGUAGCCUCACCACAUGUGACCCAUCCAACAUCUAUGAGAUUAUCAAGACCCUAAAGUCUCUAAAGAUUCGGGUGUCAGUGAUUGGCUUGUCAGCAGAGGUCCGGGUGUGUACGGUGUUGACCAGGGAGACUGGUGGGUUGUACCAUGUUAUCCUGGACGAGAGCCACUUCAAAGAGCUGCUGAUGCUGCAUAUCAAACCUCCUCCGGCAAGCUCCUCAUCUGAAUGUUCCUUAAUACGUAUGGGUUUUCCUCAGCACACCGUUGCCUCUCUGACUGACCAGGAUGCCAAGCCUUCAUUCAGCAUGUCUCAUCUAGACAGUAGCAGUGGUCCAGGUUUGUCUCUGGGAGGAUACUUCUGUCCACAGUGUCAUGCUAAGUAUACAGAGCUUCCUGUGGAGUGUAAAGUCUGUGGUUUGACUCUGGUGUCAGCCCCCCAUCUUGCCAGAUCCUUCCAUCACCUCUUCCCACUCCAGCCCUUUGUAGAGAGUUCGGUGGAGGAGCUCCAAGGAAACAGGUUCUGUCAAGCCUGUCAAGGGGAACUGAAGGAUAAAAAUAUAUUCACGUGUCCAUCAUGCCACAGUGUAUUCUGUGUCGAGUGUGAUCUCUUCGUCCAUGAUUCACUCCACUGCUGUCCCUGCUGUAUUCACAGUCAGAACACCCCCUUUAACGAAUUCAGACAUUUCCAAAAGAUGACAGCGACUCCAUCUGUGAAAGGCAAACAGAAUGUGGUACUCAUGGGCAGAAAGACGUGGUUUUCCAUUCCAGAGAAGCACAGACCUCUGAAAGACAGGAUCAACAUUGUCCUCAGCAGGGAGUGCAUAGCCCCCCCUGCAGGAGCACACCACCUAGCAGCAGGCUUCAGCUCAGCUCUUGAGCUCAUCAACACAGAGCUGGCAGACCAGGCUGACCAGGUCUGGGUUAUAGGAGGCACUUCUCUCUACAAGGAGCUGAUGGAGUACCCGGGGACCAAAAGGCUGUUCGUCACACGAAUCCAACAGCAGUUUGAGUGCGACACGUUCUUCCCUGAAAUCGAUCCAGAAAAGUUUCAUCUACUGCCAGAGUUUCCAGGAGUGCCAAAAGGACUGCAGGAGGAGAAUGGUAUCCAGUAUAUAUUUGAAGUCUAUGUAAGCAUCAAGUAGAGAAGAAGAAUUAGAAGAAAAUCCAUGUGGUUUUGUAAAUGGACACCAUAAUAAUGUAAAUGCUGGGCUUCUGUUUGAUAUGAUUUGGACAGUUUGGGACAGGGUGAAUAAAGUUAGAAUCGUGUUGAAUGAAAUAGAAUCCUACUGUUAUUUACAGGUGGUGAGGGAUCUAGAAACUAUAUGUAUGGAAAUUGUUUAUUUUUAGCAUAACCAUACAGUAUAUUUUACAGCAACUGAUCUAACAUCAAAUGAGUAAUGCUGGGUUUUAUAGUGCUGACAAAGGUUAUUUCGAUAUGCCUAUAGGAGUGCCAAUAAAAAUUAUUCAUCCCCUUGAAGGUUU